AUGGCUUCUGAAUGGCGGAGAGACAACGACGAUGGUCCUGCUGAUCGGUCCCCACACUUUUUCAAGAUUAUUCUGCCGAAUGCUGUUCAGGAAGGAAAGCUUCGGAUUCCAGAUAAGUUCGUGCAGAAAUUUGGAGUGGACAUGUCAGAUAUGGCCUUUCUCACUAUUCCAAAUGGUAGAAAAUGGAAAGUCAAGUUGACACAACAUGCUGGGGGGGUUUGGUUUCAAAAUGGUUGGUCCGAAUUUGCAAGCUCUCAUGGUGUAGCCGUGGGGCACUUGCUGGUUUUCAAAUAUGAAGGAAAUUCACAGUUUGAUGUACUCAUAUUUGAUGCCACUGCAACAGAAAUAGACUAUUCUUUAGACGACGAACUCCAAGUUCAUAGGAUCGAAGAUGAUGAGAGUGAUGACAGCUCUGUUGAAAUCAUCAAACACUUUUAUAGGGGAGAGGGUUCAAGUUUGAAUAGUUUACCCCAAGACAUUAUCAACUACUUACCAAGAGACAGGUUUACCAAGGACUACACCAAAGCAAGUAUACUCCCUGUCAAGCUCCAGAUUGUGGACCGAUUAUGGCCUGUGAAGCUAUACAUUUAUGAACGAAGUGGGGGUUCAUCAUAUGUCGUAUCAGCUGGUUGGUUUGCAUUUGUGAGGGAAAAUAGUUUGCAAGUAGGAGAUGUUUGCGUAUUUGAGCUGAUUAUGAGGGACGGUGUUGUGUUAAACGUCCACAUUUUCAAGUGCCAAGACUAA